GUGCGUUGAAAAGUGGACAUUUUGCGUGCGAACUCGGGACUUUUGCGAUUCGGAUCGUGUGGGUGUGUGAGUGAGGUCGGCCGCGGUUGGCUCGAAAGCUAUGUUGGAUGACUUGACCCUACAAUACAUCGUCGUGCGCAAGUCCAAGCACAGAUGAACCUGCGGUCAGUGCUUGGGCCAGAGAACACAGCAGUACUCCUGAUUGCCGCCAUGAUCGCUCUGAUCAGCCUCGCCCCCUGCCAGGCCGCUCUGCACCACUCCAACAGAGAAAGUGCAAGAAUAAUCGGGUCUUUCGCCAAUUUUUUCAACUUUUUUGGGACUGAGAGAAAACCUGCUGAUGUAAAAGGAGCUACCUGCAAGCGAAGUAUAGAGCCGCAAGGAUCUGGGUCUGAUCUCCGUCAUCAUGAACGAGGCACCAAUGAGCUACACGACAGUGGCUGGAAAAUACUUGAUCCUAAUCUUCAAAGUGAUCAUGUUCCAGCACGCCGUAUUCCUAGGCAUUUCAUGCAUAUUAUACACCGAAAAAGACCCAAAGAUGAUGGUAAAAAAGAGAAUAGGAAUGCUACGAACCGAAGUCACCAUUCGUCCAUGUUAGCGGUGGAUAAGACUUCGAAAUUCAAAAGAACCCCCUCAACGAAAAGAAACAGAGGGAGGAAGAUUUUUAAAAAACCUAUCAGUCACUCAUCACAAAAUGGAAAUCUUACUCAAGAAAUUGCGGACCUCGUGAACGCAACCAAUGAGUUACCAAUAGGUACCUGGACUCUUCCUCGUGAAUUACUGGCUAUGGUCACCAAAACGAAGGCAAAUUUCUUCGACCCGAUCAACGAGUUGGACGAGAGCAACUCCAAAAGGAACUUACAAUCGAAGGCAAAACAGAGACUUUUUGACAAAGACGACCAACUUUUUGGAGACGCUAGUAAAAAUUUAGACCAGAACAGGAAUUUCCUCUUCCAUUCUGAGUCGUCUGGUGCGAUGGGCCAAGAUGAGAACGGGCGGAAAAAAGAAGCUUCAACUCAAGCUUUGUCGCCGCACUAUACAAAAGAGGACGCCUACCAACAAGAUUUUUUGUUCUUGGAAAACAGACCACCGCUUAAUACAAGACUUUUCGGGAGCGCAUAUUACAGUGAACCAGAGAUGUCAGGUUUUAAUCGGUCAAACGUAGAGAAUUUGCGAGCCCUUAAUCCCGCGUUAGAGAGAGACCAACAUUUGGCCGAACGAGCUUUAAUAAAUACUGAGAAUAAAGCAUCGAGAAUCUCUUCGAACGAGAGUUUAAAGCUUGAGACGGCUUUGUUUCCCGAGAGUAGUAAACUAGGAGAUUUGUCUCUCCGCGAGAUGAAAAACAGUCAACGAAGGUAUGACAUGGGCUUUGGAACUGACAUGAAACUCUCAAGUGACGCAAGAAGUCCAAUCGAACCUACACUCAAAAAAUCGUCGAAGUUUGACGUUGAGGUCCACGGAAAAUUGAUGCAAAAAUAUCCGGAUGAGAGUUUGACGCGAACCCGACCGAAUGAGGUAGAAAAAAUACAUCUCAAAGAGAACACACAAUUUUUGAAUGGCGAGCUGGGUGGCUAUGCGCAAACUAAUUUCGGACGAAAUCCUAGAUUAUGGUACGAGGACCCUACCCUGCCUGGUACAACAAGAGUUUCUGCUAAGUGUCGCGGCAACAGUUCAUACAAAGUAGCCCAACGACCUUUGAGCACUGGUGGAGAGAGUCCGAUUUUUAGUGCCGUAAAUUGGCCUGUGAAACCAUGGGAAGGUAAUUUUCAAUUUGUAAAGGUUUUUGACACAGGGCAAGAACAAAUAAGAGAGAAAGAAAUCACAAAGUUUAAAGGGACAGAAGAAAUGCCUCUUGGAAGAAUGCUUGAACAAGACGCAGCUCAUAGCAGCAUUAAUAUUGAAGACCACCCUACAGUUCACAAUGACGCAGGAAAAUUAAUGGUUUCUGAAAAAGAGAAUUACAAGAUUACUCCUGAUCACAAACGUCUAAUCUUUUCGCAGGGGCAGUGCAAAGAGCCAUCGAAAGAUUCUACGAACGACUAUUUUACCGGGCUGAGUUUCGAUUCUCCAACGCUCUACGCAUCGAAAAAUAAACACUUCUUCAUGAAUGACUUCCCGAACACUUUCAGGAAUGAGCAAUUGCCCGUUUUCCAAUUUCGUUCAAAGGACGAAAAGCCAAAGGCUAGCACGAUAGUUUCGGGGACCAAUGAGCAGUUAGGAAAAUUAAUGGAUCGUGCUUUCACACACAACCAAAAUCCGUUUACUUACGGGCCAGAGUUGCGAUCUUUCUUGCGGAAGCAGGAACAGCAAAUCUCACCUGACUUUGAGAGGAGCAAAAAACCAAAGCUAGGAGCCUAUACUGAAGUGGGUCAUCUUGAUGGGAAAAAUUCAAUCAUGCUAUUAAACAAACUGGAUGAGGAGCAAAAAUUGAGACGAAACCGUCCAUACGAAAGUUCUGACCCUGUAUUGGGCCCUAAGGUACAAGCAAAAAUAAUGUCACACGUCUCUACUGACCGACCACAAUACGUUCCAAACCAGUGGCGUAAAGUGAGAGAUAACUACUCGGAGCAAGUUCAUGGUCAGGAUAUCUAUAACCCUGCGGCCAAAAAGGAUGUAGAAACUGAAUUUGAGCCAUUCCACGCAACUUCACAGGAUUUGACUAAGUUUCAUGCCAGAAAUUUGUUGAGUUUUGACGAUGAGCGACCUGACACGUCUUCAUUAGAGGCACAUUACAUCGUUCAACCUCGCGAAGACAAAAGCAUGAUCCAUGCUCAAAAUCAAAACCAAAUUUUCCAAACAAUAAACCAAGGUGUGAGUGGAACUGCCUUCCCUCUUCAAAACUGGACAGCUGAAGACCGUUCGUUUUUCUCAACCACGACAGGAAAAUUUAAAAACUACACGGAGCUGCAGGCGAAUGAUCAAAGCCGAUAUUUCUUGAACGAUAAUCUGAAAUGCCAGUUUCUACGAGGGAACUUGCCUCAGCCCACAAUUGAAGAGCUCGACGAACAAAUGAAACGUGGAAAUGAGUACAGUUAUUUUAAGCGGAUAGAUAUGGUCAAAGGCAACAAGAAAUCUAUUGUUUACAAAAUCGUUUUGAUAAACAGUACUUCAUCAAAACCUAAGAAGAAAAAAGGACAGAGAUAUUUCGGAAAUAGUCUAGUUCUGAAUAAUAAAACCCAAAAAUCGCCUUACCACUCUCACCGCGUGAUGAUGAACAAGCUUCACUCGGGCUCAAAUUGCAAUAAAAAGAUUCUCAUGCUGGAGAAACAAAGCAGUGUGGGAGGUAAAAAACAAAAUCAUGGGGGAGGAAAACAGCCACCAGGGAGAUCUGCAAAAUUUGCAAAAUUUCGAGGAAUGAAAGAAGGGCGUUGCGCAUACGCAGCACGUAACAGACAGGCUAGCCAAAAUAAAACAUUACCCUCGAACUUGACUCCAAUUAUUUCAGAUAUAAGAGUUUUUAAUCAAACAGGUCCUUUCCAACCCAUUUACUCGGUCUCUUCGACGAAUCCUCCGCACGCUUCCCAAGAAAUCUUUGUUGGAAAUUUGAAGAAUGUUCCCUCAAAAAACGUGCAGCUACCUCAGCAGUUUGUGAUUCCUAAUCAAGUGCAAGCCACCGAUGUUCACGCUUCAUUCGGGAAAGGGCUUACGCAGCUGAAUUUCAACGGAGUCAACCCAUCACAGAGUCCUCAAAUGGUGGUAUGUAAGGUCCAGAGCACGCCUAAGCCGUUAAAAACUCAAGUAAAAGAGUCUAUCAAGCAUUUGUAUCCAGGAAGGCAAAAAAGUAUUCGAGUAACCGAUUGCAAGCUGGCUGUUCUAUCGACGACAGUGGCACCAAUUCAGCAGACAUCAAUACAGCCGGCAAUUUCUCAAACUGCAUUCAUUCAAAGUUUCCCAUCCCUUAAUACACUGAUUAACGCACCACAAUCGAGUCCAACAGUUUCCCAAAUAACAAAACAUAGCAUACCGGUAGAUUUGACGGGGUUAAACAAACUGAUCAAUGCAAACCAGUUUCCAUCGAACUCUGCUGUAAAUAGAAGUUUCGUAUCACCGGCAACGGUGCCCCCUCUUUACUUCAAUGCAACUACGAAGAGACUUUUUUCAACUUUUAACCCUCACGUAAAUAAUUUACAGUAUUCUCCCACAAACGCGGUGCAAACUAAGCCUCAAAACGUAAACUCUAAAAAUUCUGGUCAGCCCAAAAUAGACUCGUUUACGGAAAAUGGAAAAGGAUCGGCGGUAGGUGCCUCUGUGAAACAAGUGAACGUAAUGACUAGAACACAACCUCUUCCUACUGCUGGAGGAGGGAAAGGAACAACCAAAGGACAUAUCUUUCUUCAAUCCCUAAAUACGAACUCUAAUCCCCCAGCAGACGGACGAAAAAAAAACAGCAAUACUUCUGGAAGGCAGCAGAUCGGAAAGGUUCCAAUUUCGCAAUAUCUCGAAACGCCAAAUGCAGAUAAGCUGUUAGGAUAUCAAAUUAUACCUGAAAAUAAUGAACAUUACGAUGAAAUCGUGAGAUUUUACGAGUCCCAGCUAGCAAAAGGCCCUAUGAAUGAGAUUGAGAAUUUGCCACUUUCUAACUACUUGCCCGCUGAGCUCCGUUCUGACGGAGAGAAAGCAGAAAGUUUUCACGCAGAUUCAUUAUCUAGUCUGAUUAAUGAAAAUAUACUAAACGCAGGAUCAGAAACUGGAAAGACCAAGCGGCAACUGAUUGAUCUACCUAAUGGGACAAAUACUGAAACCAACAAUUCGUUGGUUGAUUCCGAAAACAAGCAGGAGAGUCUAGACCACGACCUGCAUCCACCAACGAGUAACAUACAUUCCGAGUCUAGUACGGAACCUUUUUUAAGGAAAGAAGAAGGACUUUUAGAAAUCACUCCUGGUGCUACAUCAAUUGAAGAUCAGAUGAUCAACAUAAAACCAAUUUAUAGUAAGCACUCGCUGGAGGAGUCAACAUUUUCAUCAUUCGGUACUUCCAUUGAGAUGAGUACACUCACGAAUCCAUUAUCGCAAGAGCCAGACAAAAUCAUUUCGGAGGAAAGAUCAUCGAGCGUUACCGGCACAGUACGCACUAACUUAAGUGCCGACGGGGAAACGUUAUCUAGCGUCCAUGUGACUGAAUUCCCUAUCCUUCCGACGGUAUCGGCCCAAGGUGUACAAUAUGAAGUGAAUACUAAUGGUUCGCAUGAUUCUCAACUAGUAAAUCAGACUAUGGACUUCGCAAUUAGGUCUGUAUAUACGACAAGGACCCCUUCUUCGACAGAUCAUCUGCUUGUUACAUCUCCAACAGAACCGGACGGGAAUAUUACGAAUCAACUGCCUAAUGGGGAUGGCGGCAACGCUUCUACAACAUCUGUGAUACAAUUCUCAACAUCAACUUCAAGCAUAUCGUCACAAGUUGGAUUCAACACUUCUCCUCCUACUGAUUCUCUCGGAGCUGUCCAAAAUGGUGACACUUCUUUGAUGAAACAAGGAGUAGGAGAAAGGCUGGAUAAAACAGGAACACAGGACAAAACACUUGUAACGAGUAGCAAAAAAUCUGAUAAGUUUGCCGCAGGCUAUAACCUGUUUCGGAAGAGUAACACAGUCAAGACGACAGUUGGCUCUGCGAUUGAAGGAAACACGAGAUCAGUUACUUUUAGUGGAGAAGAAAACAAAUCGUGCACACCAUCGAAUUCCCUCUCUCAAACUCCUCCUUACCAUUUCGAACAACAGCUAAAUAACAUGAUGGGUGUUCUGGAUCAACUUCUUGGUAAUAUUUCAGACUUGAAUAAUCGUGUUCAAAUUAACUCUCCCCAGAGAGGUCCGGUUUCUAUGAUAGACUUUCAGAGGACUAACGAUUCUCUACCGGUAAAUGGACCUAUUUGCCCAUCAAAUAAACUAUCGGUUCUAAAUAAAAAAUCGCGAACACAGAACGGACAUCAACCUUUGCCUGAGUUGACCCAAAAUGCUGAGUCGACGAUUAUUGACGCUAUCCACAUCAAUAAAGAAAUGAAACCGACUAAACGUGCGAAAUUUUUUUCUUUCACUUCAGACGGCUCGACUACUGAAACAAGCGCACACUCAUUGAAUCAGCACGAUGGAGGUGAUACUUCUUCUGCGAAUAGUCCUCUGAGCACUCAAUCCUGCCAAUUUAAUAGAAAAGGCAUACUUCCAAAUGGUUUUAAGAAAGGAACAGCACUUACGCCAUCCUCUACAAACAAACCUCCAAAAACUCCAAGUUACGAUGCAAGUGCACAGCCUUACCUUAAAAUCUCUGCUCAGCCUGAGCAAAUGUACCAAAACUUGAGUGCGCCCUCAAAUACAGCUCGGGAAAACUUUCAAAGAUAUUUUUUUCCUCAAAGAAAAUUAGUUCAAAAUCCUUUCAAAAAUGGAGCAAUGCCAACAAGAGAUCCAUUCCUCUUGCAAUAUCCUAAUUUUAACGGAAAAAGACCUGGGGGUGCUGUGACUCCUUUCUUUUUCAACGGCAUUCCUGUAAUUCCUUCAAUGGAUCCAAGGUUUCCAAGUAUUGGAAAGAGACCAUCCGUGUCUUCCACAUACAAUCCUUCCAGAGUGGGACAGUUUCGGAAACGCUUUAAUCAAUCGACUAACGAUUUGAAGAGAAAAGACAAGAAACAUAAGGCUUCCGAAAUAGCGCAACACAGAGCCAUGCUUGAAAUAUUGAAGAACUCAUCGAUGACUCUUAAGGAAUUUCAAGACAAUAUUCAGAAACUUAAUCACGAUGUUCAACGCCAACGACAGCUGCUAUUAAAUCUAAAAGCAGCUCAGGAGAAAAAGUUGCGUAAAAAAUUCCCAACACUUAGUGGUGAUCAACUGGCCAAAUUACUUGAUUCCAUUUUGAAAAAGUCGGAAGUGAUUCCUAUGAGUGGGCUACCUCAGGUGAAACUCGACACUCAACUAGUGGGAAAUUUACCAAAUGCGUGGUAUUCGCCGUUUAUGCAAGCAGGAUCUCCAAAUGAUAACUCUUUCCAAGGGUCAAACUUAUUGCCGCUCACAUGGGGUGGACAGUUCGAGUGGAAACCUGAGACAUUGGGACAAAACCAAUAUCCUCUGAUGAUGCAACAAGUAUCAAACGCGAAAAAUAUUUCGCCCCAACCUGAGUUUUCGCCAAGGGUAAUGCAGUUACCCUCGCACUACUACGAGUACAGCAAAAUUCAGGCUACUCAAAUUCCAGAUGUUCUGGAUUUUAAUAACCAGUACGAGGUGAUUCACCAAAAUCAAUCUAUAUUACAACGGUCAAAGUAUGUGCAUGACGGAUCCCUGACUUUGUCGAAUUCGUACGUACAUCGUAAUUCCGAAAUGAAUGAUUUGAGCACGGCCAAAAUAGAUGCGGAAAAUAACAGCAUGAUACGAGUUGCAAGAAAAUAUGUUCAGCCACGAUCUAAUAGCGGAAAUAGCACAAAAAGCCGCGACUUGUUAUUGGAAACAGAAAAACCCGAGAAUGAAUACCUUAACAGCUCAACGAGGCGGAAGCUCAUGAGUGGUGGAAACAUGCAGAGUGAAAAACAAGAGGAAAGAUCUGAAACGGAUGCAAGUGAGACGGAUAUGGACGACGAUACAGAUGACGACGGAGAGAGAAGCGAUGGAAUUAUACUAACAUCACCAAAAAUUUACUUAUUACCAAGUCGAACAACCUCACAGUCCGAUGAGAAAGUAUUCAAGCACGGAGAAAGACGUAAUGAUUUUAUUGACAAGUCUUACGGAAAUAAUAAAACACUCAAUGGCAGAAAUUUUUCGGCAAGGGAUCGGAAGAAUGAACUGAAAUACGGGCUGAUAAAAGUUAAUGGGAGUUUGCCAGGACAGAUUUUAAUUCCAGCGUAUAUUGUUAAUAACGUCUCGAGCAACGUCCAGGAGAAUGAGCCACAGGUAAAAGAGAAAAAUUUACAUGAUCAAGAAGACGCUGCAGAUUUCAUGAGAGGGAUUCCUCCAGGUUUUUGGAUUUUCAGUUCCGAGAACGAUCAUGCUUUCAGAUCUGGAGGAAAUCUAACGAAAGAAAAUUCGAUGAUAAAUAGCAAGGUGCGAGACUUGACGACAGACGAUAAUAGACAUGCUUAUUCUAGAUACGGAAUGUACGGCCAAAAGAACCCACAGCAAGUGGGAGCGCCAAAUACUGGGGUGGAUUUGCUCAUUCAUAAGCUAGAGGACACCCAAAGCAAGCAUCCAAAACAGAGCAAAUUUGAUAAUGAUAUUGGAUCAAUGAUAUUAGACCGAGGAGGUUCAGGAUACUCUCCUGCUAUGAAACAAAGGCUAUCAUCGUUCAGAGCUGGAGAAACAGUGAAUUCGGUACCGCCAUCACGAAACCUGACACGGACACUCAUUGAACCUAAUUCAAAUUAUAUCCUGGUGCAGCAUAACAAGCAAAGUCUACCUGUUUCGAGUAGUAACAUUUGGAGUCCCGGAACAUUCACACCAUUGGCUCCAAUAAUCAAAGACACUAAGAUGCCAGGGUCAUUCAAGAUUCCAUCCGAACAUAUGGAACCAGAGGAAACAAGUCUCGAAACAAACAAAGAUACAAAAUCAAAGGCAAACGUCAAAACAGCGAAUUAUUUGCCCGACGUGAACAUUGAAACUUCAAAAUCACAGUCCAUAUCUGAUAAAGAGAGGCCUUACCAACCUGUUGGUCGAUUUCCUGUUUUGAAUGAGCAGGUUCAAGUGGCAGCUCAAGAAUCGAAGACGAGUUUGCAGGAUGGAUCAAUAAUCUCAUCAAAUUUUCCAGUUCUGCUGAAUGUUGUGACAACAAUGCGCCCGAUCCAACUUCUGAGUCACUUCCUUGCACAAGACACAAUGCCACAAAAAUAUACAUCGCAGAAUUUAAAUGUGCAAACUGCGUUUCCAACUGCAAAGAGACAGGGCACUCCGAAUUUUCAUGAACUCUUGAUACAAUCAGUGCCUAAUCCAGAUGCAGAUGCCGGGAUCAACAACCCGGGGAUUCAAGCAUUUGCUAAUAUUUCAAUUGUGUUCCCCUUAAAAAAUCAGAGACUACCAAAACCACCAACGACCCCUGCAUCACCAAAUAACGUACAGGAUGAAAACAAAGCACCGUCAGACCAAAAAGUAGGUCAACCACCUACCUUCCACGAAAACAGGAACCCGGCACCAAUAGCUUACUUAGAUCUCCCAAUGCAACCAUUUAUCAACCAAGCAUUAGUUUACCAAAUGUCAGUCAACCAACCAUGCAUUCAUCAACCACUUCCAAAUCCAAGUCCGCUAAGCUCAGCACCUAAAAGUCUGGCUGCUGCGGAUCAAUCAGAGGAAAUUUAUCCCGGAAACCGAAUGCCGAUUCAAACCUAUUCCUUGGACAUUCAUCAAGUUAUGCCUGCAAAAACUGGCUUCACUUCGGAGCCGCUUUAUAACCCGGAAACUUAUUCAAACCAAACGCAAAAUCUGAAAGCUCGAUCGAAUGAGGUAGGAGCUUACUAUCCUCAUUUUGUAGAAAAUGCCUUGUCUCAACCUGAAAGAGGGCCACCAUUCAAUCAACUUCAAAACCGUAGGAUGAUGGAAGUGCCACGCACGUUGCAGUUUCAGCAAAGGUCGUUUCCAAUGCAAAAUUCAAAUUCCAUCACCAUGCAGCCACCUUCUCACCAAAUGCGCAAUACCUGGACAUGGAAAUUUCAGCAAAGUCAAGACAACAACCUUCCCCAAAACUUUCAUUCGCACGAGACAGGGCGGAAAUUUGAAUAUGGCAGCGCCAAAGUAAGCGACGAAUCCCAAAAUUUGGAGAGGCAAAUAUUGACGAAUGUUUAUGCGGACAAGUCACUCCUCAGUUUAACAAAAAAUCAACCGGUUUUGGAGGGUGGGCUGCCAUCAAAUGAAACCAAUUUCAAAAGGAUCUUCCCCUCCAGAACAGCGCUUAAGAAUGAAAAUUCAAAAGAUCAAAUCUCAUCUUCGAACAGAAACUCGUACAUGGGUGCGAGAAAUUUCAUUUCGUUUCCUAAGCAGGAACGACACGAUACAUUUAAUGAUCCUAAGCCCAAUUCACAGCGCAACCGUGAAGCUGCUGACGAGCCCACAAAUACAUCUUUAAAAGUCAAUUCUUUGAAAAUGUUAUCCGAUUUUGAUUAUCCAAGAACAGGAGCUCAAAAUCAUACUAAGGAGGGGGAAGGGAACACAAUUGGGUCACAGACGAGUUUUGACGUCCGAAAGCAAGAUAAUCAGGACGGCGUGCGUGAGUUUUGGGCGAGGAUGCACGAAGUAAGCGAGAAUUUAAUACCUAACGGAGGGAAAUAUCCACCUAUUUAUAGAAGGAAGUACAGGAGAGUGGGGCCGUUCUUGCCUAGAUAUCAAAAUAAUACCCUACAGAGUACAGUACAUUUAUCAAAUAAUUUGAAGCGUAAGAGGCGACGAUAGUUACGCACUGAAAAUAUUAAGCAAGAAUGUAUAAAGUAUGGAAGCCUAAUUUUAUAUUACGCUUACUUUUAAGUUAGAAUAGCAAUCGGUGUCUUUUGGGCUCCUGUUAUUCAUAGCUAAAAUUAAUUUCCAGUAAAAUUGAAAACUGCAAAUAAAAUCUACCGGCGCGCUCCCGCUAAAAAAUAUCGGAGCGACCUCUUUUUUUCUUGAGGAGUGUUAAAUGAGAAUCUGAUAGCGAAACGUCUGAACUCCUGUUAAAAAUGAAUGGGUGUCUCAGCAUUGAAGUUCUCGAAUCAGGAUCAUUCCCUUAAAAUUGAUUCAAAGUUACUGGAAUUAGUAAAAAAAAUAAGGGUGAAUGUAGUGUACAGCUGUAACCCUUAAACAUAAGUUUUGUAAAAUAAAUUGUUAAUAAAUUUA